CCUGCAGACGAAGAUCCAAGAUAGAGAUAGAGAUAUGACGAACCCGCAACCCCGAGCCCUCGACCGCGUCCCUCGAGCCUGCGACCCCCGAGCCUUGGACCGCGUCCCUCGAGCCGCGACCCUCGAGCCCUCGACCGUGACCUCGAGUCCUUGACCCUCGGAAGAGACAGAGACUAAGACGAACCCGCGACCCUCGAGCUCUCGACCACGUCCCUCGAGCCGCGACCCUCGCGCCUUCGACCGCUACCUCGAGCCCUCGACCUCGAGCCCGCGACUCCACGACAUUUCGGGCUUUCCCUGUCGUCUUCUUCAUCAAUAAUCCAUGAAGAUGAAGAGGGUCGUCCAGCCCAUCAUCCUUCCUUAUCCCCUCUGCACAUACCCAGUAGAUUAGAUUCUUUUGACCCAACAAUUUCUUCAUGUUCAAUCUUCAAGACCCGACAGCACACCCUCCUCGGAUCGGUAAGCUCUCUACCUCCGUUGUUUAGUCCCCCAGAUUUUUAACCAAUCAUCGUACCGGGACUCUGUCAAAGUAUUGGAGGCUGACAUACAGCAUGCUAAUUCUCUGGCUGCUGCCAUUCCAAUCAAAGGGCGGAGUUCGGCUUCAUAUGAAACUGGUCUGCAGUAACUGGGCACCUCUUUUCUUCUUUUUGCUUCGAUGGGUUGAUUGUUCUUGUGCUUGUUUCUUGCCGGGGUACUUGAACCUCUUCCGCAUCCUCAUAUACAAGGUUUACCCAGAUGGGAGAUUGAGCCUUCGCGCUAACGCAAGGAAAGCAACAAUACGGGACUUCUAUGGCAUCUAGUUGAUCCUCUGAAGCUUCCGCAAAUCGAAUUUUUUACGGUUGAAGUGGAUAGAGGAAAUUGAAACUCCAUUAGUGGAUCAAGAGAGCCGAACAAGAUAGCUGCUGUGCGGAAAGCCCCUUGAGAGCCAGAAUCCUGCAAGUUCUUUUCCCUUGGUGCUCGGAUGAGUUCCUCUGUAAAUUAGUAUGGAGCCUGAAAUGUAUAGCACUGUAAUUCAUUACAUUACCCUGCCAACUGUGCUGUUUCAUUUGGUAUGAAUAAUAACUGUUACGUAGUAUACUCCGCAUUUCUCCUUCCUAUCAAA